GGUCACGCCGGAGCUUCAGCACCAUGGGCAGCUCCCGCCUCGGCCGCCUCUGCCUGGGCUGCUCGCUGCUCUUCCUGCUGGGCGCCGGCCAGGAGCCCCUGGGGCCCAGGGCUGCAGCCAGCCAGAGCCAGGAAGAAAAGGACCUGAUCGAAGCUCUGCAGGAGGUGCUGGAGAAGCUGAAGACAGAGCGGCUGCCCUCCAUAGAGAAGAAGCUGGGCUCGGUGCCCUCGUGCGACGCCGGAGAGCUGUGUGCCGUGAGGAAAGGAGCCCGGAUCGGGAGACUCUGCACCUGCCCCCGCGGGACGGCCUGCAACUUCUACAUCCUCAAGUGCUUGUGAGGAGGACAGGAACGCGUGGACCGGACAGGACGGGGCGGGGGGAGGGGGUCUGCGGAGCAGCCUCUGGUCCCAAUCUCUCCACCUGGCCUGUUUCGGCAGCUGUCAGGAGGUGGGUUUGGUUUUUCUCCUGUGCUAGGAAACAUAAGCUCAGCACUUCCCCCAGGGCCCUUAAGGCUCCCUCCCCAGUCUAGCGCCUGCGAUGGAAGGAGCUCUCUGUGCAAAGUUUGUCAAUGCUUUGAUCCCUUGCUGCCCUGAGGGAGGCUAGGAGAAGCCAGCCUGGCCUGCUUUUCCAAGGUGCCAAGCCCCUGAUCUCAGUGGGGCCAGGAGGGGCUCAGCAGCUCUGAGAAUCAGCUCCCAGCCCCACUUACAUUUCCCAUGUCCCUUCUUCCCGCUUUCCCUGCCUGGAGAUCUGUGGACCAAAGAGUCUCUGCUCAGUGCAGAGGGGGAGACUGCUGGCUGCAGCCUCUUGUCUCUGCUUGGUCCCUGGCUGGGGGUAGAGUAGCCUGGGGGUGGCUCUAACGUAGCCCUAAGGUACCAGCUGCCAGCACGCUGCUCUCUGGCCCCAUCUCACCCUCCCGUGGCUCCUGCACAAGAGGCCGUGAGGAGGCUAGCAUAGGAGCCAGCCACGGAGACUUCAGUGCCUUCUGGGAAUCCCUCAUGCCAGGGGAAGGGAAGCAGGCAGAGGAGCUUUGCUCCCAGGGGCUGGCUGCUGAGGCCUGGUCUCCGAGUUCUCCAUUAUCUGAGCGCCAGGGGCAUCCCUGCAGUGCCAGUAGGGGUGGCUUUGGAUUCUCUCUCCCGGGGAGGAAGGAGCAGCAGGAAGAGGGGACCUGAGCAAACCCUGCCCCAUGCAAACACCGCAGCUCAGCAGACCCCCAAGGAACAUCCCCCCCCAGCCAAUCAUUCUCCCUGCUCCCUAGCGUCACCUCCUUGGCUGCUGCACUGAACCUGCUCACCCUGACUCUGGGCAAAGAGCCAGGCUGUGCAGAAUGACAGGAAAGGGGUGGGGGGAGGAAGGGGGGAGUACUGGAGGCAAUAGGUAAUGAGAGGAAGGCUGGCCUGGGGGGUUAACACACAGGGCUGGGAUCCAGGUUCAAGCACCAGUUCUGCUAUUGACUCCUGGUGUGAGCAGGGCAAAUCACUCAGCCUCACGGGCUACCGGUAACAUGGACAAUAACACGUCCCUGUGAGCUCCCGGGGCAGGGACCAUCUCUGACUCUGGGUUUGGCAAGCACCUGGACAACAGGGCCCCCAUCCCAGCUGGGCCCUCUAGGCAUAGAGAACUUGGCUCCAGCUAAUCUAGCAUUCCCCAAAGGCAGCAGCCACUGUAGGGGGGGAUUUUCUCUCGCUUCCGGAUCUUAUCUGCUUUAGCCCAUCCCUGCAAUUCAAACUGGCACUGGGAAAUAAACAGAGACCAAGGCAUGCCACAGCAGCAGCAUGCACCUGCCGAGAUACAGGGGGUGUUUGCACUGUCUGUGCUCUCAGCCUGUAGCAGCAGCAAAGAAACCUGCCCCCCACCCCGAGACACAGUAUGAAGGGUGCACAUAGACCGCCCAUUGCAAUGAGCAUCAGAGCUCCCCGUGCUGAGCUGCUGUUGCAGCAGGAAAAUGGUCACACUGAAGGCCCUGAUUCUCCAGGUGUUUGUUAGCUCCAGUGCCAGCUGGGUAUGAGAAACGUUCCCGAAGCAGCCUGGUAAAACAGCUGCUGUGCACUUUGCCUAGUUGUGUGAACAGCUGAACAAGGGGCAGGCCCAGGGAGGAGCAGUCCCCAGGGGGAAGGGAGAGUAAAGGAGAUGGGAAAGAAAUAAUGAUGUGGGCUCUCGAAGGGGUCGGUUUCUUUCAAAAGCUGCAUGGGCCCUGAAAUUCCACCCCCCUCUCGAGUGGUUUCCAGAGCACAUUCCGCCUGUGGGGAGCCCAAGCAGUAAUGGAGAAGGGUGCUAACGCCAGGCUCCUAUUAAAUGAUUUGUACUCAA